UUUUACUUGUUCGUGAGGAGGAGGGUGAAGUUUCUGUCCAUGGAGCAGCUUCUUUGUUCGAGUUUUGCGGCGGCCCUCUCCCAGGUGGGAUGUGGAGGUAUUUCUGGUUUGGUUUGGCUGCUCAGGUGCUUCUUUUGCAAGGCUUGGUGGCGUUUCCGGUCAGUUCGUGGCGGUUGGUUUGCUCUUCUUGCACCUUUGUCUCCCAACCUCCGGUGUCAAUUUUUCAGAUCUGGUUCUUCAUUUCUCGGCUCAACUCUCUUCCGUUCCCUUUCCUUCUCCCUUAUCCACCAUCGCAGCAGCUACUCACGUCGCUCUCUCCGCCAUCUCUCUAUCCACACAGUUCAUGGAAACAAAACCCAAUUCUUCUCUCACUCUUCUCCGCGAACUCCACCACUUUUCACGGCUAAUUCCACUGCUCAACGAAGCGGGACUUUCGUCGAACACCUUACAGGCAUUACAGAAUCGGAAGAAGGAAGCAGCGAAGCCAACGAUUUCGGUGAUGUAGAGUCUGCUAGGAACGAUAUAAGGAAUGUUGCGACUCGUAGAGUGGAGACGGAGUUUGAAGUUAGAGAAUUGGAAGAGUUGCCGGAGGAAUGGCGACGGUCGAAGCUAGCUUGGCUAUGUAAAGAAGUUCCGACGCAUAAAGCCGUGACGCUUGUGAGGCUAUUGAAUGCUCAGAAGAAAUGGGUUCGUCAAGAAGAUGCUACUUACAUCGCUGUUCAUUGUAUGCGGAUUCGUGAGAACGAAACUGGAUUCAGGGUGUAUAGAUGGAUGACACAGCAGAAUUGGUACCGGUUUGAUUUCGGGUUAGCAACGAAGCUAGCUGAUUACUUGGGGAAAGAACGGAAAUUUACAAAAUGCCGGGAGGUAUUUGAUGAUAUUUUGAAUCAAGGGCGUGUUCCUAGUGAAUCUACAUUUCAUAUUCUUGUAGUUGCAUAUCUAAGUAGCUUAUCAGUCGAAGGCUGUCUCGAAGAAGCGUGUAGCGUUUACAAUAGAAUGAUUCAACUUGGAGGUUACAAACCGCGUCUUAGUCUGCAUAAUUCUUUAUUUAGAGCUCUGGUUAGCAAACAAGGAGGGAUUUUGAAUGACCAGCUUAAGCAAGCCGAGUUUAUCUUUCACAAUGUUGUGACAAUGGGGCUUGAGGUUCAGAAGGAUAUCUAUAGUGGACUAAUCUGGCUGCAUAGUUGUCAAGAAGAAGUUGACAAAGACAGGAUUAACUCUCUAAGAGAAGAGAUGAAGAAGGCGGGUUUUCAGGAGAGUAAAGAAGUUGUGGUAUCGUUACUUAGAGCUUAUGCAAAGGAGGGAGGUGUGGAAGAAGUUGAGAGGACGUGGCUUGAAUUGCUUGAUUUAGAUUGUGGUAUACCUUCUCAGGCGUUUGUGUACAAAAUAGAAGCUUAUUCGAAAGUCGGCGAAUUUGCGAAAGCUUUGGAGAUAUUUAGGGAGAUGGAGAAGCAUUUAGGUGGUGCAACUGUGUCUGGAUACCACAAAAUCAUUGAGGUUCUAUGUAAAGUCCAGCAAGUGGAAUUUGCGGAAUCUCUCUUGAAGGAGUUUGAAGAAAGUGGGAAGAAGCCGCUUCUACCAUCAUACAUCGAAAUAGCCAAAACGUACUUCGAUUUGGGUUUACAUGAGAAAUUGGAGAUGGCUUUUGUUGAGUGCUUGGAGAAAUGCCAACCUAGCCAGACUAUAUAUAACGUAUAUCUCGAUUCAUUGGUUAAAAUUGGCAACCUUGAGAAAGCAGGGGAUGUCUUCAAUGAAAUGAAAAACAACGGGACGAUCAAUGUGAAUGCUAGAUCUUGCAACAGCCUUUUAAAGGGAUACCUAGAUUCUGGAAAACAAGUGCAGGCAGAGAGAAUAUAUGAUCUGAUGAGAAUGAAGAAAUACGAAAUCAAACCAACGCUUAUGGAAAAGCUUGAUUACAUCCUGAGCUUGAAGAAAAAAGAGGUGAAGAAGAGACCGAUAAGCAUGAAGCUAAGCAAAGACCAGCGUGAGGUAUUGGUAGGUUUGCUGUUAGGUGGCUUGCAAAUCGAAUCAGACAAAGAGAAGAAGAGCCACAUGAUCAAAUUUGAAUUCAGAGAGAAUUCUCAGGCUCAUCUGAUUCUUAAACAACACAUACAUGACCAGUUCCGCGAGUGGUUGCAUCCUUUAAGCGAUUUCCAAGAGGAUAUUGUACCGUUCGAAUUCUACUCCGUUCCCCAUUCAUACUUCGGGUUUUACGCUGAUCAUUUCUGGCCAACGGGUCAACCAGAGAUCCCUAAACUAAUUCAUCGGUGGCUCUCACCAAACUCACUCGCGCAUUGGUACAUGUACAGCGGCUUUAAAACAUCAUCAGGAGACAUUAUCUUGAGAUUGAAAGGAAGUCUAGAAGGUGUUGAGAAAGUAGUAAAGGCUCUUAGAGCCAAAUCUAUGGAAUGCCGAGUUAAGAAGAAAGGAAAAGUCUUUUGGAUCGGACUUCAGGGAACAAACUCAGCUUUGUUCUGGAACCUAAUAGAGCCUUACGUGUUAGAGGACUUGAAAGAUCAUUUGAAACCUCCUUCUGAAUCAAUGGGCAAUGAAUCGACACAAAAUCAAAAACUAGAUUCAACCAAACCAGGGAAUCGAUUUCAUCGUGUUAUCAAGGGGUUUAUGAUUCAAGGUGGGGACAUAUCAGCUAAUGAUGGUACUGGUGGUGAAUCUAUCUAUGGCUUGAAGUUUGACGAUGAGAACUUUGAGCUGAAACAUGAGAGGAAAGGGAUGCUCUCUAUGGCUAACUCUGGUCCCAACACUAAUGGCUCUCAGUUUUUUAUCACAACUACCCGCACUGCUCAUUUAGAUGGGAAACAUGUUGUGUUUGGAAGGGUUACAAAAGGAAUGGGUGUUGUUCGGUCAAUUGAGCAUGUUACGAUAGAGGAACAGUCUUGUCCUUCUCAGGAUGUUGUGAUCCAUGACUGUGGAGAAAUCCCCGAGGGCGCAGAUGAUGGAAUAUGUGACUUUUUCAAGGACGGUGAUGUGUACCCUGACUGGCCUAUUGAUCUAAAUGAAAGCCCAGCUGAGUUAUCUUGGUGGAUGGAGACUGUUGAUUUUGUCAAGGCUCAUGGGAAUGAGCACUUUAAGAAACAAGACUAUAAGAUGGCUCUUAGAAAGUACCGUAAGGCUUUACGCUAUCUGGAUAUUUGCUGGGAGAAAGAGGGCAUUGAUGAAGAGACGAGUACUGCCUUGCGUAAGACAAAGUCGCAGAUCUUCACUAAUAGUGCUGCCUGCAAACUCAAAUUCGGAGAUGCAAAAGGAGCGUUGUUGGACACUGAAUUUGCUAUGCGUGAUGAAGAUAACAAUGUUAAAGCAUUGUUUCGACAAGGCCAGGCAUACAUGGCUCUUAAUAACGUCGAUGCUGCUGCUGAAAGCCUUGAGAAAGCUCUUCAAUUCGAACCUAAUGACGCUGGUAUCAAGAAAGAAUAUGCUGCUGUUAUGAAAAAGAUUGCCUUUAGAGACAACGAAGAGAAAAAGCAGUACCGCAAAAUGUUCGUAUAGGGUGCUCUACUUCAUUUAGGGUUUGGUCGGAUAGUGAGGAAGAAGACUAACAAAAAGUGAAAAGAAGCAUAUAAAGAAAGAAAUAUUCAAAAAGGACUUGGGAACUGUUUCUAUUUCCCUCAUUUUGGUAAACAUUUUUUACUUUUGCAUCAUGGCAAAGACUGAUGCAUAGUAAUAUCGACUGGGAAAUUGUUUUUACCCAAAAGACAGAUUCAGUGAGACUGUUAAUGAAAUUUUGAGUUACUA